AUGAACCCACUCUUGUCCCCAGAGAUGCUGUCUAGCGAGGCAACAAUGGUCUAUUCCACAACAUAUAACUCCAAUCUUCAAACGACCAACAAUUUCACAGUAUCCUCUUCGGAAUCGCAGGGGUUUGCAUGGAAUCAAGAUCUCUUCGCAUCACAGUAUCAGCAAAUGUGCAAAGUCGUCUACGAUGGUCACGAGGAUACUUUAGACGGGCUUAUGGAGUAUAUACGUAGGCAUAGCGGUAGCAGUAACAAUGCUGGUGGAAACACCGCCGCUUUCAAGUAUAAUGAAGACGGCGAUGAAGCGCUGACGGACUGCGAAAAUAACGAAGAGGAAGAUGCAGAAUUCGAACCCACUAGGCUUUCAGAAUGGAGGUUUUUCCAUCCGAAGGUCUGCGAAGAGCUCAAUAGGCCGCGUAGAAUAUCUGAAAGAUCUUUAAGCUUUGUUUCCGAUUCGAAAAAUGGUAGUUUCAACAGAUGCGACACCGCGGUUAUUGAAGUCGAUUCUGAUACCCCAGAAAACAAUCAUUUGAAAUGGCUGUUGACUGCAGGAAAAUAG